GUAUAGCUAGUUGAGUUGGCUGCAUGCAAACAAAAGAACAUCAGUUUGGUUUGUGCUAUUCUUCUAUACUCUAAACAGUGGUGACGCUGCCAACCAUAUUCCCAAACGCGCACUAAACCCUGUGGCGGAGCCAGUAGAUUUUAUCAAAGGGGCACUUACCUUAGUGGGUUUGGUUCCUAUGACACAUUGACAGAGUUUGUGCCAUAGGACGGGCAAUGACCCACACCAGCCCACACAUCGCUCCGCUACUGAGUGAACCCUGGGACUAGAGAUAAACGAGGGAGGCUUCUCCACUUUCAACAUAUUUUGUUCUAACGUGGGCUCUCCACGUUUCACCCUAAAGCAACGUCCAUCACGAACAACUAGGUGUCCCUGACCACAAGGGUCGCUUAAGUUUGCCAGCCUUCAAAGAGGUGACACCCAAAACUACCAACCAGUUUAGCUUCCCUACCUUCCAAGGAUAAACACCGUAUCCAAGCGUCCAUCUCUCUCUCUCACUCUCUCCCCACAAUGGCACCAAGAAGAAUCGACAUAGUGGAAGUUUCCGUUGAAAACUUGCAGAAGAACUGGCAGAGAAGGCAAUGGUGGGAGUCCUUAUUCAAGACAAAGGAAGUAGUAGACGACAGGGAAGCUUCUUGCUCUUCCUGCCAGUGGCUGUUCAAAACAAGGGAUGCAGGCGACAAGGGAGCUUCUUGGAGGACAGGUCUAGCAAGCCUCCUUCAAUCUACUCCAGCUCAUGCCAUCGUCCUGGUCUUCCUCCUUCUCGACCUGGUUUUCACAGUGAUCAGCAUUUCAUCAUGCCCGUCUGUUCCGCGGAGGAAGGGCGGGCUGUUCUGGGGAGGGAUUGCCAUCUUGAUCACACUCAUUGUAAAAGAUAUAGUGGUGAUGGUGGUCUUGGGUCUGAGCUUCUUCAAGCACGCGGGCUACGUCAUGGAGAUCACUGCACUCGUUCUUGCUCUGUGCCUGGAGAUCUUUCUCAAGGCUGAGAGUGCUGGCCUCCUGGUUCUGGUAAACUCAUGGCGGGUGGUACGGAUGAUACAGAGCAUUUUUGGUAUGAGCGAUGAAGCAAUCGAGACACAGAUUACCAACAUAGAAUCACAAUUUGAAGAUCUUAGAGUCCAGACUGCCCAGAUGGAGCAAUUGAUACGGAAGAAAAAUGAGAGGAUUGCUGAGUUAGAAAAUGGAUGCCACAAUCAGCAGAGACCCCGUGGGAAGCUUUAACCUCCUUAAUCUCUCUCUCUGUUUACUGUUUCCCAACAUGGAGGACAAGGGAAGUCGGACCUGUUUGAUCUGCUUAUCUUCAUCCUGCAUUAAUAAGAUAUGAAUUUGACAAGAAUACGUCAUAGCAGUGCCUGGGAAACCAAUUCUGCCUUCGAUCAUCUGUUACAAAGGAAAAAAAAAAAUGUCGGCCUCUUUUAACUUGUUGAGCCAAUGGGCCAUUAAGUUGUUAUGACAUAUUCUCUCCAUCACAUGGUUAAGAAACCCCCACUUUUGAUUAUCUUGUGAGUAUUUAGAGUAUUUCAUCCUCUCGCUAAAAAAGACCUGAAACCUAGUCUCUUGUUUUCAAAAGACACAAAGCAUGUUUUUUGUGUCACAGAAUGUUGCUCCGGCCACUUUAACUUAUGUGUUGGUGCUUUCCUUUCCUUUCCAUCCGCCCUUCUCUUUUUACAACACAGGGAGUUGACGCUCUAGAGAUAUGAAACAAAAACUAGCUGACUACCAACUCCACCUAACCGUUGAGCCAACUCAUUCGAAGACGCCACUUCCCAUCAACACCACAAAUAUGAUGCAAUUUCAAAAUCCCAACUCUCCCAUCUUUCAAACCUUAUAUUUCCAAAGCACCCAAUUUACUGGGGCUGACCAAGUUUAAAUUACCCACAUAAACAAAGAGACAAAACCCCGCCAGUUCAGCCGAUACUUGGAUUGCUCGGACAAAUUGGAUGAAUACGCCAAGUCCCACAGCCAACGUGCUGGAGCAUUUAUUUAAGUCACUCGUUUGAUAGAGGGACGAG